AUGAAGUGCAAUUUUCGCAACCUAACGGUCGCGGGCGGACUCCUGCUGGGCAUGGCGAGUGCUCUCGUCCUCGGAUACAGCAGCGAUCCGCACCUGUUCGAGAAUAGAGAUGGUUACAUCAUUGGGAACUACCUGCAGGCUACGGAUCAGGACAUCCGGGACUUCUUCUGGACGGGAUCGGGUGAUGGGCCGAGCUCGAUGCUAAAACCGUUCGAGCGGUUCCCGAUCAGCGAGGACGCCAUCAUCAAGACGGCCACGGUCGUGGCCACGGUAUACAUUGACCGCAGCUCCGGUCCGAACGGGUACGAUGAGCUUUGCAUCUUCGACUGCCCACCCGCAACGGCUCGGGACGAUGGCAUGGACGGGCUGCUGCCGUCCGAUGAAGACGAGGACGACCUGUACGGCCACACUGUACACAGCGUCAUGCCGACAGACCGCCGGUUCUGGCUGAUGACGGUCAUUGGCGGUUUGUACGGCCCGCAGGAUCACCCAGUGCUUGAGGGCAGACUGGCCAAGCUGUAUCGGGUUGCGUUCGCCAGGCAGCAGGCGUUACAUCUCGGCAUCAACGGGAGCAGUGACUCCGCGCGCAACAACACCCUCGACCAGCGGCUGGUGGGCACGAGGCGCACCAAACGUCGAGUGGUGCCCGGAAAUCCUGAUCCUGUCGCGGCUCAAACCUCCGACGGACCGAAACCCGAACCCAGCCGGAUGCUGCUGAAUGAAAAUGUCAUCGCGUACGAGCGAAACCGACGGCGGUGGCGAAGUCGUCGUGGUCGGAAAGCUCCACACAAAAGGGACACCCGGGACGUAUUGCCGGUGCCCCCGGUGGUAGAGAUCCUUGGAGCGGAGGACUCCACUGGACCCCAUGAGGAGGGCAGUGGCGUGGACCAAGAGCCACAGCCUGCGGAUUUAGCACGCAACCCGGAGGACGCACAGGACGCCCCAGCGGCCGACCGGACGGUGGUGAGGCGCAAUCACGACAAGGGCGCGUACUCGACCGGGCGCCGGAAAGUGCGGAUCUUGAUACACAAUACCACCCACUUGCGGGAGGAGGAUCGAUUGCCGUUGGAUGAGGCUGGACGGUCGGGGAAUGGUGACGGUGCCGGGAUGGGGGCAGCGGCCACGGCCACGGCGAACCAUCCGGCGAAUCAAACCGAGAUCAUCUACUCCGUGUUCGUGGGUGGUUUACCCGUGCUGGCGACCACAGCCGCCGAGGACAUGAAGCUGAUGUCGCAGGAUGAAAUGGAGCACGUGCUGGAAACGAUGGUGUACCUUAAGGCGGACCCGUACCUGAAGGAACCACAGGCGACUCCACUCAUACCAUCGACGCAGAACGGCAGUGGAAGUGUGAUUGCGUUGAUCGGUCAGAACACCAGCUUGGUGGUGGUUUCGUGUGUUGCAGCUCUACUUCUUCUGCUGCUGUGUGCUGGUCUUUUCCUGCUGGCUCGUGGCAAGCGGAAGCAUGUCGGCGAGCUGAAAAAGUUAGAGUCGACGCAGGCACUCGUGAUGCCGGGCACGAUCACAGAAGAGUUGAAUGCCUUGAAGACAGGCGAGAGUCCUUCGCCGUACAACGCACCGGUUUCCGUGGGUCUAACGAUGCCGAAGCCAUCGCCUACGAUCCAUUUCCCACUACCGCCAGUCACUCGACCGAGCUCGUCUUCCUCGAGCUACUCAUCUGACUCAUCGGUGUACUAUCCGAAGCGGAAGCUGAAGCACGUCGCAGCAACACUGCACCAGCAGCACGAGUUGCUCGACGAGAAGGCUCCUGCCACCGGUGGGUAUCGUCUCGCCAAGCCGUUCCAUUUACAGUCGUUACUAGCGAGUGGACCUGGUGGUGCCGAGAACGUGUACGCCUCGGUGCAGAAGCCCAAGAAGGACACGCACAAGCGCCGACGGAAAUACUUGGGGGAGAAUCGAGUUGGGUCGGUGGAGCCUCGUGGCAGGACACCACCGGGGACAACGCCAACCACCGGCAGCAGCGCUAGUCUGAGCGAGCGGUCAUUUGAAGGUCGUCCACCGACACUAGUGCCGGGUCCGUACGGCCAGGACCACGGGACGCUCAACACGGACGUUAUCCUGAAGCACUACCUGCGUCGAAAGCCGUUGUUGGGCUGUGCAGAAGGACACGUGGUUCCGGUGGAGGCGCUCAACCGCGAUCGAAUCCGCGCGCUGGAGCAGUGUGGUGCUGGUGGUGUUGGUGGCGUGUCCCUGGACUCAGGUAGCAUCGGUUCGUACCUUAGCAUGGCGUCGGUGAAGAGUUUCCCCAGGUGUUUCGUUCCGGAGCCACUGAGUCGCGUGCUGGAACCGGUCACGAUGACGCACCUGGAUCAGUCGGAGACGUUUGGCGAGGGUUCGAAGUCCACCGGACCGGAUACGGCAGGUACUAGUCAAUACAACACGGACACCGAAGUACACCUGGCCCGAACGCAGAGUGAUGGUGCUGAUCCGGGCGUUGUGGGGCCGAUCGUUUGGCAGAUGCACAAGCAGGAGCUGGAAGAGAUGACCAGCCCCAUGCGCGAUCCCGUGCUAACACGCAAUCGCUUCGAAGGCCUAUUGGAGGGCGCUAUUCAGCUGUAUGCGGACGGGCCGGAAUGUGAGGAGGAGCAGAAAAACUCCAUCCCACUACCCGGAGUGAUCCGGCCGGUGGAAAGCCGUGGGAAAUCAGCUGUCGUUGUAAGAGAAACAUCCCGCUCGUCUUCGGCCACCAUCCGCCCAGUGACGGCCGCUCCGACUCGUAGGCAUGGCGGCAUUGUACCCAUCUCGGAUCAUCACUGUUCGGCGGCCCUUGGAGGAAACCACCUGCAUGGUGCUUGGGGCAGUGGCACACACUCACCUAUGGUGCGCCCGAUGAGUGCAGGAGCAUAUCAUACACCAAUUGGGUUGGAGGUGACAAGGAUCACGGCCCCCCAGGAGGUCCUGCAGGCGAGCGAACUGUCGACGGCGCCGCUUCUGCAGAACAUCAUGCAGGAGCUGAAGCGUUUCCGCCAGGAUCAGUAG